ACCCGAUCCAAGACACGAGAGAAAUCCAGAAAUCCGAGAGAUUGAUGAGAUUCACAUAUUUUUCGCAGUCACCACGAAGCAUCCAUAGGAGGUACAACUAGUUUAGCUUCCCAUACAGUACUACUUGUUCUUGUUGUACUAGAAGCAGUCGCUCUAACGCAUCAAGAACAACUACAACAACAGCUGCUGUGCUAUUUGCUCAUCAACAAAAUCCUGCACUUGUUUGUAAGCAGAACAUCAACAUCAACAGACAAAAACAUGACAUCUCUGGCCUCAUCGUUGCGUGCUUCAACACGGGGGAAAAUGGCGCGUUUUGUGUCCCUAUUUUAUGAGUGCGGUUUAAGAUUUUUCCAUCCCUAGCAAGUCUGUGACCCACGUUAAAGGCUAUUUUUUUCUUGCGUUUCUCUUUGAAUUGCCAAGCAACCUUUGAAAAGAGGGCCUUUUCUUGCUAAUAGAAACUACAAAUAGAAGUGGCGGGAGUGUCGCUCAGGAUGGUUAGGAGUGUACAACGAUACCAUGUCCUGAUCAACAUCAUUAUCCCAAUUACCCUCAACCUCAUUACCCUCAACCUCAUUAUGUUCUAUUGCCAUCAUUGAUUCUCUGUAUCAAAAACCAGAAGGACACUUUUCAUGUUUUGGUAUCUUCGUCGUGCCUGCUCUCCACGACACUGGGUGAAAAAUUCCGGUUAUCAAGAAUCCGGCAAUGGCCGGAUAGCCGGACAUUCGAGAUCCUCCACUAUUUCACAGUGGAUGACGUUGUCACUUCAGAAUUUUCCAUUACUGGACCCGUUACCUUCGAGAACCUUCCGUCAACUUUCAUUACGACUCGUAAUGCGUAACGAGAACUUUCUACAUUGCUUUGAUUAGAAGUUCUUGAUGGCACGGAAGACAUUUUCCUUUAGUUCGUUGACUUGUUAGAUCUACCGACUAUCGUUCUGCCAUUAUGCUAGUAUAACACCAUAACGAGGGUCAAUCUUUUGCUCCCCACCAUUGUAACCCGCCUCAUUUCUAAUCUUUCGAGCAUGCAGCUGCACGUGUUGCACCACUCUCUUCUCGAAAACGAGAAGAAAAUACAGUUUGAUCAUUUCUGUUAUGGCGCACCUUUGUCACGACAAAUGAUCCCCUUUGUACUUUUUCUAACGGGAGGACAGCAGACUCGACAUAUCAGAAGACGUUCAUUUAGACUUUUAUGCACUAGCAGGUCUACAACACUACUCAUCCUACUAAGAAGAUCAUAGUAGGUUGGUAAAUCAUGAUAGGACGACUGCUGGGGAUCAUCAUGGGUGAUUUUGGAAAGCGUUAAGACACCUGCGAGGAGGCAGAUAUCGAAAGAAAAGAGUGCAGGACGAAGCAGGCCUUCAUCUACACGGAUCAGGAGAAGCCGCAAACGGAUGCGUACAGUUUCAUGGUACUUUCCUCUGGUGGCGUAUAUUAUAAUACAUCAAACGAAAAUUACACUGAUGCAGAAAAAGACAAAUCUUCUACAUGGGAUAUUAUUAUACGUAGCUGAAUACUAAGCACAUCAAGUAGAUGAAAUGAAGAUGACAUACAUUUUUAUUCACUACAACAUCUGCUGCACCUCGCAUCCCUGACCUUUCUUCACAAAUGAGUCAACAUAACACAUUAUCUUCAGCUGGACAAAUCGACCUUCCUGAGUGGAUUUAGCGGGCAGCUCUUCAAACCCAAGCAAGAGGGACUCUACUUUCUAGCAAUAUCGAAUUGUGGCGAUCAAAAUUACAGCAAGGAUGCGAAAUUUAUUUCAGGUAUUCUUCUACUACUUAGGCUGCUCUAGUACUUUUUUUCUUCCUGUGAACUUCCCCCGCGAUUUGUAGGAAAGGCAUUUGAGUGAAUGACGGAUGCCAGCACCCUGGUGUAGCAAGUUUAUGCCACAUGUCCUCGUGAUUCGUGAUUAUUCUCCAUCAAACUCUGAUACUUUUCAACUGCUUCGAUAUAACUAAGAGGUAGUUCAAUGGGGAAUAGAAAGUAAGCACAUGCACAAGAUAAUCUACAACUUCCUCAUGAUCUACUGCUUCAUGAUCCAGGUGACGUUGGUGUCGUCUCGGUGAAUGGAUUCUUGCCGGCGGAAGAGAUGCCGAAGCUGAGUUUCUAUUUGUUCCUUUCCGCCCUUAAUGCGGUGGCAUUGAUGCUGUGGAUUGCAUACUGCUGGGCCUGGAGUGACGUCCUCUUCAUCAUCCAUAAGUUCAUCACUUGCGCAUUAGCAUGCAGUGUGGUCGAGGCAGCCUGCUGGUAUGCAAGCCUGUCGCAUUGGAACUUAAGAACACAAGUUGUUAGUGUGAAAAUAUUCGUUUCACUUUAUGAGUGUGAAGAUGCCUUCUACAAGGUGUUUAGGAUUUUCAGCACUUUGUUAAGUUCUGCUUUGGCUAGGGACAAGAGCCACUCUGUAUCUGGCAGGUCUUGUCCGUUUUUAUUUUGUAGUUUCGGUUUUUUAUCAAUGUUGGUUACUGAAGGUCACGACGAAGGUAAUGUCGUAGAGGUAAAUCACAGUGAAGAGACUUGGCUUACUGCAAUGGUUCCACAUUCAUAAAUUAUGGUGGGAACUCGCUGGUGGGGCAUGAUGAUUCUCGCUACCCUCGGAACGACCGUGAAGCAAGGUGUAUGCUAUGCUCUCUUGCUUCUUGCAUGCCUCGGCAUCGGCGUUACACAUGCUAAGCCGGAAAAGAAAACGGUACAGUUUAUUCACAUCUUCGAUGAUUGAGUCACAAGAGACAAGGAUGAACUUGCUGCUACUGAAUGAGUGAGGCAGGAGCAGUUUGGGGGUACGCGGGCGCAUUUUUAACUAUUAUUUGCUCCCCUCCUGUAGAAGUUCUUGUACUUCCGAAUCCGAUGGUAUAACGACAAUACUACAGCUUACACACGUGGUCUUGGUUACGGUAGCAUUUGUCAUUACCGACACGUGGCGGCAGGUGGAGAUGUUUCCGGGACUGAGCAACAUCGAUGUUAACAGUUCAACCUUGGAAGCUAUCCUUUGUACGGCCUUUUGUCCUAUAUCGUGUCUGACUUUCUUGAUGACAUCGUGCGCACUAGUAGGACGAUCUAAAUGUAACUACUUGUUCAAUGAUGUACUUUUUUAGAACAGAAUUAAUCAUGGCUGAUUACUACUCCUGACGACCCUGAAAUAAGAAAUUACGCGUAGUUAUUAAGAAGGGCGGUCCAUUGAGUGACUUCAGAAGAUAACUAGCGAACACCGUAGGAUUUAACGCCCCCUCGUCGGGCUCUAUCUCAAGAAGAUUCCCGUUUCAUGAUCGAUGUUGCGCCGGGGAGCUUUUUUGUGUCCUGGAUUGUCGUGUGGAUUAUGCAGUCCUUGCAACAAACCAUCCAGGAUUUGCAGCAGUCAAAGCAAGAAGUGAAGGCUGAGGUGUACCAGAAUCUUCGCCUCGCACUUAUCUCGGUACUUCUUCUUUUGGACGAUUGUUUUUCUGAAUCAAAAAUGCAUCUGUAAGCAGUGGCUCUGCUGGAAUUCCUUGAAUAGCAACACGGCGUGACGAACCUCCUUCCUUGUACGCCCUCUGAGUCGUGGGUACACUAUCUAUCAGUUUACCAAUAAACCAAAACCUAUCAAUUCUAUUGCCAGGUAUGCGGAGGCCUUCUCCUCCUUCUAAUAUAUGAGUCCAUCGUUGUUCGUCAAGAAGAUCUCUCGCAGAACUGGUCCUCUCGAUGGAUUUUCACCGAUGCUGCGUCACAUGCCAUCUUUUUCUAUGCCCAUUUUGGUGGAUACUACUAGAGCAUAAGUUUUACUAUUUGAAGUUUAGCACUAUAAUUACUUCUCCAACUACAGCAACACUGAAGACUUCUUUGUCCUUGUGAUCACAACGCUAAGAAGAAUACUAGCUACUAUGGCCAUAAUUUCGUGGAGUUUUCCUCAGGCGUAUUAGCACGUCAAAGUAGUUGUGCAUGCUUAACUUGAACUUGCUUAAGGUCGCUGAGCCUGAACUAAUGUGAGGUAUCAUCUGAUCUUUGUGACAUUAAGUUUAAGAUAAAGCAUGAAAGAACUCCAGACCACGGCGCAUGCAAUUCUUACGACUUGCUUCCUGCUUAGUAAAUGAAAGUACCACUCAGUGAUGGUCUCUAAUAACCCACUCAUCUUCCCCUCCUCCCCUGUUCAAUACAGUUUUACUUACCCCAAGAAUGGGUAAACUACUACUACUCUAAUUCAGCUUUCUCACCGUGGUGACUGCCUUUCUGUGGCGUCCGAACGAGAAUACACAUGCGAUUGCGUAUUCCCAGCAGGUGCAGGGCGAAGAAGAUGCCAUUGAACUUGGCAAUGUGCGCAUUGACGAAGAAUUUGACGAUGACGAUGCUGCGGAUACAAAAAGCGGAGGAGAUCCUGCGAGAACACUGGAAUAAGGAGGCAUCUCCUAUUGCUUCCUCACGGAUGGAUAAAGGCUACAGGAAUCCUCGAGUAACAUGACGAUGAAACCGACAUUUUUAACACUCAGUUGUAUCAUGUACUUGUACACCACGAUUUGCUUUUACAGCGCCUAGUGAAUUUUGUAAAAACUAGAAUCAGACAGAAUUCAACAUCAUAAUUUAUUCAUUUUCAUUUCAGUUGCAGCUACUCAUAAUCAACAUCAUGCCUAGACAUGCUGCUGCAUAUGAGCUUUUUAUUUCAUCAGAUAUCUUUAGGGCCACCUCCAGGUUUAGUGUUGUCGCAGCGGCAGUAGAAGUGGGAGGGACUCAAAAAAUUCCGGCGUAUCUCAUGAAUGUCAUGUGUGGUUGUCCUCAUUCAAGAAACUGUCAUGUUAGCGCAUGCGUCACACUUCUCCGGUCGUCAUUCAAUCGCGCACGGCGUCGCUAAGAAUUCACUACAUACGGAUUUUCAUAGAGAAGGCUCUUGGUCAUGCGUUAGUUGUACCUGCAACGAACUGCCACAAGAGAACAAACCAUUCCGAAUUCAACAUUAAUUCUUGUAGUGAGGCGCUCUCAAGGCUUAAGAAGAGCGCACCCGCAUCAUAGAUAUGAGGCUCAAAGAUCUCUCUCUUCUAUCUCUAUGGUACCAGAAGUACGCGACGCACUUCCUCUGUAGUACGCAAUCGCCAUCAAUAGGAUUUUAUAUAUAUUCUAGCAUCAGUAUUUGAUAUCCAGACCGUAGUUCUUGUGAAAAAUUUAAAUCGGCUACGAAUUUAUCAACAGCUGUGAUUUGCCACUUCGAUCUCCUCUUGCGAUCGAAUUACCUUGCUAACUCAUUCUGUAUUCUUGCGAACCCGUUUUGAUUUCUUAUAUAUUUUUAUCAGACAUCAACAUUUGAUUUCUUCCUGGUCUCAAUAAUUGCCUCUUAGAAAAAUGCAAAGAGCUUGAAGUUGAAUUUUGUCAAUAAACUUCCUAGCACUGCAGCACCUUGCGUCAAGAUAUUAUUGAGUUCGUCCACAACGCCACGGACGAGACGCAAAGGCGAAGAACAAGCAAAAAGAACAUGACGAGGAUUUCUCAUCGCCUGGUUUACUUAUUUAUUCAAGCAUUCCACCUCAGCCACACCCACUACGCAGGAAGGGAAGAGCCGUGCUGUUGACCACGAACAGUAGCUACUGACCAUGAACAAUAGCCAUCGCGCUUUUCUUCGAAAGCUAGCGAUCUGC